UGGCGUGUGAGCCGCUCAGCACUCCUGAAGUUAUUGGAUUGCUCUUACCGGUAUCAUUUCUCCUUGUUAUCUUUAGAAAUAUUUCAUUUUCUUAGCAUGUCAGAAGAUUACAACAUCUUGCUGUUCGGUUUCCGGGACCUUUACUGAUUUACCUUCUUAUUCAAGCAAAACAAGCACUUCCUGCAUUGCUAAAAAAAUCUCAGCUCCGGAUCUCUUGCUGAAGAAAUUUCCAAGGAGGUUCGCCUAUCAAUUUGAGAGAUGGCCCAUAAAUUCAAGAACAUUGUUCUUCUGUACGGCUUUAUCAUCAGUGAAUAUCAUUUUAACAUGAUAAAGUCCUUAUUGUCCAGGGACUUAAAACUGACUAAAAGGAAGCAAGACAAGUGUGACAAAGUUGAAUUUGCUGAACUGAUGGAAAAAAAGUUCAGAAAAGAUGCAGGACUGGGAAAACUGCUAUCAUUGUUAUUUAAUAAGAUGCCAGAUCUAGAAAGCAUUGCUGAUACUCUUAAGACAGAGAAGGCGAAAGUAGUGCUUAAGAUUAAACACAAAGGAAAAAGAAAAAAUGCAGUGGAAAGAAGCAAGCAUGAUGAAUCCAGUGCUGUUCAAUCUGUUCUCACCACAGAUGAAGAAUCUGUAGUACCAGAAUCAAAGGAUGUGCCUCUGUCAAUGGUUGGGUGGCUAAGCUCGCAUGGGAAAAGCUGCUUUGAGGGCUCUCUCACAUCCUACCUUUUGGUGAACAUUUACAUGGUAGACCAAAAAAUGAGCUUGCUUCCAGAAACUUCUACUGCCAGCACAAGUCUGCAGCUCCCACACAAGCCGCCACCCACUUCUUCCAGCAGCUCCUGCACCCAGAUGCCAUCAACACCACCCACUACUCUGCAGACUCCUCAGAUGGCUCCAGAAACACCAUCCAGCAGUCAACAGAUGCCUAAGAUGGCUCCAGAACCAUCCAACAGGCUCCACACUGUUAUGAUGCUUCCAGCAGCAGCAUCCAGCAGUCUUCAGACUGGUCAGAGGCCUCCUAGACCACCCAGCAAUCUCCAGCCUCUGUGGAUGCCUCCAACUGCAUCUAGUAAGCUCCAGACACCUCUAACAACACUACCUAGCAGUCUCCAGACUCCUGAAACUCCUCCAACACCACCCAACACUGUCCAGGUGUCUCCAGAUUCCACAGGCAUCUCUAGUACCAUCCAACAGUCUCCAGACUCCACAGAAACCUCUGGCAACAUCCAGCAGUCUCCAGACUCCACAGAUGCUUCCAGGAACAACAACCAGCAGUCCCUUACCCAUGAAGCCAAAGUUGAAGUCUGUACCCACGGAACCUUCCAAAGAAUACGGUUAUCAGAAAGGCCCCAAAGAAGUGAUGGUGUUGAAAGUGACAGGACCAUUUACGCUGUCAGAGAAGAGGAGCAAAAGAUUAUUCACGCCACGGUGGCUACCAAGGAUGAAUUCUUCCGAGUGAAGGUUUUUGACGUCACAUUUAAGGACAAGUCCCCAAGAAAUAUCAUUGCCAUUUCAAAUUAUUUUGGUCGAGAUGGGUUCCUAGAGAUAUACAAAACUUCAAGUGUGUCCAAUGUGAGUGCUGACCGAAAGAUGGAAAUCUUAUCUACUCUGAUUCACCACGCCAAAGCAACUCCUAAAAUCCGUCAGCUUUGGUCACAAAAUAAAGGAGCAUAUGUGAACCAAAUAUUUACGGUGUGUAAGAAAAGGGUGAGGCAAGGAUGCAUUUUUUAUAAUGUAAAAGACAGUACGGGAAUGAUGGAAGUCGUGGUAUAUGGACGACUGGCCAAUGUCUCCUGUGAGGAAGGGGAUAGACUGAAGCUCACUUGCUUUGAAGUAGCCACAAGUGAGGGGAGUCUGCAGCUGAGAUCUGUACUUCAUAGUCACCUCAAGCAGAUACAGGAGAAAGUUCAUGCGCAUCUCCCACCCACUGUCCUGCCCACUGAGAACUCUUACCAUUUUGGCAACACCAGCCCCUCUCCUCCUCCAUUCUGUCCUCUUCUUCCACCUGCACUUCUACUGAUGAGGAGUAAUCAGCACAUUUCAUGGUCCUAAGGGGGAGGGUGCCUCCAAGGACAAGGGGUUCAUGAAAGGAAACAGGGAGGAAGGCAAGAAAAGAGAUACAGCCCAUGGUUGUGUAAAGUCACCAAAGCCAAGCAAAGCAAGGCACAGCCACUUGAAUCUGAUUCAAAAGUGGAAACUUCAC